CUAAAGAGAGGCUGUGGGCAGGACAGGACAGCAGGGAGGCAGCCAGCUUGGUCAUAGAGUCCACACGAGGGACAGCACAAUCGGAGAAGCAAAGCCGGAUUGCGGGAGUGACCCCAGUGGGGCCUGCCGUCACCCUCACUUACCCUCUUUCUCCCUCCCGUGUUACUCAUUGCUGAUUCUGGAUCCCUCGUACCCACCUCAGACACCCUCCAAUAAGGACCUCGUGGACAGCCAGCCGGGGGCAAGGCCAGACACUCACCAUGAACCUGGAAAACCCACGUCCUUGAGACGAGCCAUCCAGAAACAUCGAAGAAUGGGGUAAGCGGGAGGGGGCGGAGCGGUGAGCAUGAUAAGCCCAGCCAACAGGACCAGCUCAUACAAGAUCCUUUGGCCCCUCAUACAAGAUCCUCUGGGCACGGAUAAGCCCCGCCUCUGCACUGUGGGGAGGAAGAUGCUCGAGCGGCUGUGGCCUGCUGCAAGGGAGGCCACGGCUCUUGCCCCACGUGGGAGAGAAAUCCGGGUCCUGGGUGUGAGAGUGGACACAGUCAAGGCGAGCCAGGGCAGCAGAAAGCUAAAGGCGACGGUCACCUUGGUUCACUGAGCAGGACAGGUCACCAAGGCUGGUUUUAGACCCCCGGCCCCUGCUCCAUCACUAGCCCAGACAGUGCAAUGAUGGGUGAGGAAGGAAGACAGAGAGCCCUCGGCGGGGUGAGUGAAGGCAGCGCCGCAUCAGCAUCCUCUGUACCCUGCACUGUGCCACCGCGGCAGGCGGAGUGCCUCUUCCCAGAGAGUAUAGUAUCUUUCCCAACCGUGAGUUCGAAUGCUCAGAGUACAUGCAUCACAAGGAAGGAAAGAAAAGGAACCCUUUCUAGGCUUUCGCCCUUUUGGGUCCCAAACGUCCACAGAAACAGCAGCACAGUCUAGCACGGAAGGAAAAGGGUUAACGCUGCUCUGGCAUCUGAUCCCGUGCCAGGGGGCUGGUUUGAAAGACAGCCUCGAUAUGCGUUCUAUCCCUUGGUCCGCGUUUGUCUUUCGCUAUGCUAAACAAUUUUCCUGCCAAGGGGAAGAAACUAAUGGCGAAAAGGGAGCCGAGUGGUCUGAGGCGGGGAGCUGAUCUAAUGGAGCUGAGAAACGCUCUCCCCCUUCUCCAUCUGCUCCGCACACCUGCCGGUGGAACGCGACCCCAGGUCUGGGAGCAGACCCGUCAGCGGCCGGUUAUAAAUAGAUUUUAUUUCAUCUGCUAAAAGCUUGGCAGCCGAGGUGGGAGGGCUGCAGCAUUGCAGGCAGGCAGAAGCUCGGCGCUGCUGUUCGGUUCCGGCGGAAGAAUGAGGAGAAAGAACGCUGAGAGAGGAGGAAGAGGAGUGAUUGUCCCCGAGGCCCCUCUGACAGCCAGCCUGUGUGCAAGCCACGCACUUCCAGGAGCUGCUGGGGAGAAAGGCAGUCCCGGAACGGGGCAGGGCCAGCACAGAAAUCCACAGGAGACAGCCAAGCAUCAUUAGAGUCAUGUGGCUUCUGUGUGCACCCUCCCUCCUGGCAUUACAAAACGACAACUGGGAAAAUGGAGGCGGCCAGCCCAGCCACUUCACUCUCAGGCGGACAGGGCUAGGCUUCCAGGGUGGCCCUGAAAGCAUGCACAAUGCAAAGCCACAUCAACGGGAAAGGAACUCCUUCCCUGGAAAAGGAAGAGACCCCCCGAGCAGCCAGAUGGAGGAAGACCCUUCUCCAGGCCCGUCCCCUCGAGCAAUACAGCCCCCGCUGCCAGGGAGAGGAUGGAGCCAAGGGUGGUGGCAGGGCACCGGGUGCUAUGCGCUGGACAAAACCAGGAAGCAGGGGACGUCUCCACUGCUUGGGGACCUCGGCCCGAGUGGAGCAAAACGUCAAGGUGUCCCAUUCCAGGGAAGGCGGCGGGCGGAGAGAGAGGAAACGACCUCUGCCUGUUUAGUGCAGGCCCGGGGACACUUUCUGAUGCCCUUCAAGAACAUUCAGCAUAGGGGCUGGAGCAAUAGCACAGUGGGUAGGGCGUUUGCCUUGCACUUGGCUGAUCCGGGUUCGAAUCCCAGCAUCCCAUAUGGUCCCCCAAGCACUGCCAGGAGUAAUUGCCGAGUGUAUGGGCCUAACCCCUGUGCAACACUGGGUGUGACCCAAAAAGAAAAAAAAAAACAUUCAGCAUAUCAUGGAGACAACAACGACCUGCUGUCCCGCUGCCACCAAGGACAAGCGAAAGGGGCUGAAGUCGCCGAGUGCAGAAGUCGGUUAGCACAGGAGAGGGAGGGCAGGCCUGGCAGGCUCCGCUGGAAGGUGCUGUGGGCUGCCAGCCGCCUCUUAGCUGGCAGCCCAAGGAAGAGGUGGCCGAAAAACAAGGCAAAGGUACCCUCAAAAGCAAAAACUCAUUUUGCUUUAAGCUGCACACUGGGACUUUUGUGGCUUCCUUUCUUUCCUUUUUCUUUGUUUUCACCUAACAGCAUAUCCAAAAAUAGCUAAACAAAGCUCAUCUCCACGGCUGUUG